AUGAGUAGAAAAUCUUUGUUUGCAUUGAGAGCUUUGAAUUCCAGUUUGGCUUUAUCUGAUGAUGGUUCCAUUUUAGCUGAGUUGAUGGCUAAACCGGUGUUUCUCAAAGAAAUCUAUGAAGCUCAGAAAAAUGAUAGUGAGUUGCAAGCUAAAAGAGCUCAAUGCGAGUUGGGAAUAGAGUCUGAUUUUCAGAUCGGUUUUGAUGGUUGUUUGAUGUUCAGAGACAAAGUAUGUGUACCAAAGAAUGAUGAGCUUAUUCGGAAGAUCUUACAAGAAGCACAUUGUAGUUCUCUGUCUAUUCAUCCAGGUAAAGGCCAAACAUCAGUACCUUCAAGUUUAUUGCAGCAUGUGUUAGUCCCUAAGUGGAAAUGGGACCGAGUUACCAUGGAUUUUGCAGCAGGGUUGCCGUUGACACCUAAAAAGAAAGAUGCAAUAUGGGUUGUGAUUGAUAAGUUAACGAAGUCAGCUUAUUUUAUCCUGAUAGAGAUCCGAGAUUUACUUCACGAUUUUGGAGGAAAUUUAGGAAGAUUUGGGUACAAAGUUUAA